GACUCUUGUGGCGUGAAACAGACACUGCGUUCGAGAGCCGCGUAUUAACCGACGCUGUUUUAAAUUCACACUACAUCGAACCGCGUAACUUUCUUCAGGAUGCAAGAGACGUCGUGUUCGAGCAUAUACGAAGUGCAUUGAUGAAACAUGACACUAAAAGUGAAUACCGCGUUUAAUGGAGAGUUUGUAGCGGGUGAUAAACGCUCGAACAAGACUAUCAGCACGAAGAACUGUGAAAUCUUUGGCGAGAUCAAUCUCGAAAAGUGGUACGAGCAACGCGUCGUCAAACCCACCCUAGCAUCGCUGGAAGAAUUUCAAGAACGGGAUAGCGGAAGGGCGCUGUCGCGUAUACUCAAUCAUCUCCAUCAACGUCUACACCACUGAAGAAAAGAAGGUUCUACCGAUACGGCUCGCCACACGGAAGAUGAAGAGACAUGUCAAUUUACUGUAUUUAGAAGGAGCAAACGGCGUGGGACAUUUCGCGUGGAUCAAAAACUUGUUUCGCCUCGUGAGCUCACAAUUGAGUAAAAAGAAUCAUCGAAAAUACUUUUACGAUAGAUGCUUGCACUACUUUAGUUCGAGUGAGAAGCUGGAAGUUCACACCGUAGAUUGCGAGAAGAUGAACGAAUGCGCAAUCGUAUUACCAGAUGAUGAAAGCAAGUGGCUCAGCUUCAACAACUACAUCCGGAAAGAGCAACUUCCAUUUGUGGUGUACGCCGACCUUGAGUGCAUUCUGGAGAAAACUGAUCGAGAAGCACCAAGAUCCACAUACCAGCAUCAUAAAGUAUUUAGUAUUGCAUAUUAUGUUCAAUGCGCGUACGAUUCGUCCUUGUCGGUGUACCAAUGUCACCGUUAA